AGUAUUUUAUUCUUGUUCACAGGGUCGUCGGAAUUUCGAAAAAUGUUUUCAAAGCCAUUCCGUGUGAAGAGCAGCACUGCGUUGAAAAGCUCAGAACGGAAAAAGCUCAAGCAUGAUCUCGUCGCACAAUAUCCGGAAUUGGGCGUGGAGGAAGCGGAUAAUUUGAUUCCCCCGAAGGCGGAAGUCUUACUUUUGAAGCUUCAAACUCAUUCUAAGGGAGUUGUGCAUGUUUAUUCGGUUGAGAAUACACCGAUUUUUUUCACGCUCGGGAAAGAGAAAGGAGCUGAUAAAUUUAUUCCGACGUUGUAUGCGUCCUGGAAAUGCCCGAAAUUAUCCCCGUUGCCUCAUUUUUCUAUUCAUGUACCUGUAGUCAAGGUUUUGCAAAACGGAGCAGAUUUGAUGGUACCAGGGUUGGUGUUGCCGAAGGGCUGCAGUGGAAUCGGGCCAAAGACCUUCGGCGUUUUCACGAAAGGUCAACCGUGUUCUAUUUCAACUGUGGAUAAUUCUGCUCUUGUUGCUCUUGGAACAACCGCGCUUGACGAAAGCGACCUCUACAUGUGUGCUGGUCAUGGAAAAGCGGUUACGAUUUUGCACAUCGUCGGAGACCACCUUUGGCAAUUGGGACCAAAAAGUCAGAGGCCGAUUCUUGCCCCCUUGACGGAUCUAAAAACUUCUGACGAAUCAGAUGGAAAUAGACUUCCGGAAGGAGAUGAAGAAGUGGAUGACAGUGACAACUCCGAAGAUCAUGAAUCCCCCGCGGAAGUUUCUGACGUAACCAAUGAAAUCGAGGACGCUUGUCACAAUUUGACAAUUGAUGACGGGAAGAAAACAGAUGGCGUAGAAAUGGCAGCAGAGCAGCUUUUAAUCUACUGUCUCUUUAAAUCUCUAAAAACCAGUGCCAAAAAACUAGAACUGCCGUGCCUGACGAGCAAUUUUUACCGUUUGCACGUAUUGCCUGCGUGUCCGGAUGCUCUCAGCGUCGACGUCAAAAAAUCGAAAUUCAAGAAAGUCUCUGUUUUUCUGCGAGAAGUCGUGGCGGAUUUUCCUGGUCUUUUAAAAAUCGAAGAAACUGCUAAAGGAGUGGAAAGCAUCGUUGGGAUUAAUUACGCACAUGAUUGCUUGCGAUCGUUCAAGUUCGAUGCAUCAGAAACCAAAGUACCUGUGAAGGUGGAGAAUGCUGGCGAUGGCUCAAAGGUUGCCCUUCGUUACAAUCCACCGGACAUUGUCGAACUUCACUCUGUUACUGCUGCAGUCUUACCCUUGCUCAAAGGCAGAAACAAAGGCGACGCUCUUUCAACUUCAGAAAUCCGUGACGGACUUACAGAAUACAUCAAGGACAAUCAGCUCAACACAUUACCUGACCAGAGAGUGAUUUCCCUGGACCCAGUUUUGGCUUCUGUUGUCCUGAAGAAAGGGGAAAAUAACGUGAUGAAAAUGCAGUGGGCGGAAAUGAUUUCGAGGACGAUUCAGAAAAUGACCCCUGCGUACAAGUUGACUUUCCAGGGUCAGGAUCCGAUUUACAAGAAGGGAGCUGUUCCGGUUGUAUCCUUCAAUGUUCUAUCCAGAGCAGGAAACAAGAAGAUGUUCAAAAAACCGAAGAAGAAUUUCAGGCUUCGCGAAACAGCGGUGGAAGGGAGUGAUGAUGAAGAGAAAAGAUCAGCCGCAGUGGUGACAGAUCAAAUAUUGGAUCAUAAUCUGAACGGAUCAUCCGUCGAGAAAGAAAACACGAAGAAGAAGGAGAAGAAAAAAGUGCCGAAGCCGACAAUUCCAUCAGAAGUGUCUCUCCUAUCUUUCGGGGAUGAGCUGGAAGGAGACGACGGAGAAGUUUUCAAAGUCAAGAAAUCGUCUCAGAGCAAGAAGCUGAAGAAGCUAAUUCAGAAAGAGCGAACCGUUAAACCUAAGGACGAAGAAGAAGUAUGCGACGUAACACAAUCGGAAACCUCGGGAACAAAGGAAAUUCUUGACGAAGAUGACAAGCCCUUCCUAAAGGUCAAAGAUAUGCCAGUAUCCACCAAGAAAACGGAACGUGACGGAGAAGUGCUGACGGGAUUAGAGGCCGAAUCAACUCUUAUGGAAUACGAAGAAGAAAGUGAAGAAGAACAUGAUCCUCGAUCAAGACACACGUUUUCCGAUCCGUUCAAAAGGAUGCUAGAAAGUGGUGUGGUACCAACUGCUGCCAUGAUACACGAGGCAAGAAAACGGAGACAACGUGCGCGGGAGCUAGGCGAAUCAACAGAGUUCAUCCGGCUUCCGGAUAAAAACAAGGAGUUCCUUGACUUCGGUGAACGAAAACAACCGCGACAAGGUUCCGAAGAGUCCGAUGAAGCACGACUUCGAUCUUCUCGAGCUCAAAAUCAGUCGAGAUUAGUACGGGAAGAAGACCAUGACAGAAGUGACGACGAAGGCGACGGUGAUAAUGUCAUCGCAUUUGCGUUCAAUCGAGUUGCGAAGGAGAAAGAACAAAGAAUGGAAGCUUUUCUGGAUGCUGAAGGCCAUGAAAGCGACGGAGAAAUCGAGCGCUGGGAAGCCCAGCAAAUUCGCAAAGCAUUCGGAUCCACGAACCAGCGCGAAGCAAUGAGAACCACUGCGGUUGCCGCGGUUGCUACAGCGUCAGGCCAUUUUGCUGAUUGGGAUUCAUCAGUUACGGCUCCUCUCAUCCUUGAAGAUGCGAAGCCUUUUUUGAAAGCCUCUUCAAUCCUCGGCGAACCAUCGUUUAAAUCCUUGGCGUCACUUCGAGAGAGCGAAGUCACAGCUGAUCUUAUUCGUUGUCGGAUAAAGGAAAAACUGGAUACCUUGCGUGAAGUCCACCGGAGACAUCAACUCGAUUGUGACAAGGUCGCCGAUGAAUUGAUCAGUGCACAGAGCGACAUCGAUUCAUCAAAGAGCAGAAAGCCCGAAGCAGCGUCCAAGUACGGAUUCUUUCAAGAAUUGCGAGGUUAUGUGAUGGAUUUCGUCGAAUGCAUGGAUGAAAAAAUGAACAGCAUCGAAAAAUUGGAAGCCCGAAUAAUGGCUUUGUGGCGGAAUCGAGCGAACAAGUUCAUCGAACGUCGACGGCUAGAUGUGAAAGAUGAGCAUGAAGGUUUCGCCAAUUCGACAGGAGUUUCCGGUAACGUGAAAAAGCUUCAAAGAGCAGGAGAUGAAGAACUGAGAAGACGAAUUGCUGAAAGAGAAGGUCGACGACUUCGACGAAAACGUGCCCGAGAAAUCGAUCGAAAGAAGGUUGCCCUUCCAGCUCAUUUCGAAGGAAUGAGUUCGGAUGAUGAAGAAACUGACGUAGACAUGAAGAAGAUGCAGCAAGAAUUGGGACUCAUCCAACAAGAUGCACGCGGCGUUUUCGCAGACACAAUCGACGACUUCUGCUUGUUUCGGAAUAUUAAAGAAAAAUUCCGCGAAUGGAAGGCGAAAGACGAGGAUUCGUAUAAGAAUGCUUUCGUUCCUUUGUGCUUGCCCAAAAUAUUUUCUCCUCUCGUAAGGCUCGGCCUGCUUUUUUGGAAUCCACUGGAGGCCGACUGUGAAGAAAUUGAAAGCAUGGAAUGGUUUACUGAACUGAUUUCCUACUGCGCCAAUGAAGACCUGAAUAAAGAUCCUGAUGUAAAACUGGUCUCGUUCGUUGUGGAGAGGACAGUUCUGCCGAAGUUGAGCAAUUUAAUUUCUCAAGUUUGGGACCCGCUGUCGACGUCGAAAACACUUCGACUGGUUACUUUGGUGAAGCGUUUGACGGAAGAAUAUCCUUCUGUCACUGGCAAAAGCAAGCAUUUGCAGAAUUUGCUAAAAGCUAUCAUAGAACGCAUGAAAGGAACGAUCGAGAGCGAUAUUUUCAUACCCUUGUACCAGAAAACGAUAUUCACCUCGCGACCAGAAGCGGGUGCAUUUUUGAAUCGACAGUUUUGGACUUGUGCGAAGGCAUUGGGAAAUUUUGUUUCGUGGCAAGGAAUUAUUUCUGACAAAACUCUGCAAACCAUUGCGGUCGACUCGUUGGUCAAUCGCUACAUGCUGUUGGCACUCAGUCAGUCUAUUUCCGUGUUCCCGAUUUCCAGCUCCCUUCCGAGAUGUUGGUUUGCCGGUGGAAAUAGUUUGUCGCAAUUGGCGCCGUUAUCUCGGCAAAUUAAAGAGCUGGCCGACACUGUUGAUAUUUAUGGGUCCGAAUCAAAAUCUGUUUUUCUUUGCGUGAAUGAUGCGGGUAAUGUCGUUAUGACCGCUCAAAACGGUGUUCUACCUGUGGUAGAAUCAACGUACGACGUUGACCCUUUUUUCGAAUACCAAUUUCGUGUGAUCCUCGUCGGUGAUAGCGGAGUCGGAAAAACGUCGAUUCUGCAAGCUUUUACCGACAAAUCUUUUUUCGAGGUGUCCGAUCCUACUGUGGGUGUGGACUUCUUCUCGAAAGUUGUUCAGUUGAAUGAUGGUAGCCGGAUCAAGUUGCAAUUGUGGGACACCGCUGGCCAGGAACGCUUCAGGUCCAUCACAAGAUCGUACUAUAGGAACACCGCUGCCGCCCUAGUCGUCUAUGAUGUGACCAAUCGCCAGUCCUUCGAGCACCUCAAAUUGUGGCUCACAGAGAUUGAGAAAAAUGCUGGACCUGUUUGCGACGGACCUGGCCCUCCGUCGUUGGCAGUCAUAUUCCUGGUAGGAGCUAAGAGUGACCUCUCGUCACAACGAGCAGUACUAUUUUCCGAAGCCGCGGCUGCUGCCGAUGCGUGUCGCGAUCAUCGGGCUGGCAAUGUUUGCGGAGCGUUCGAGGUCUCUGCGAGAACUGGGUCGAACGUUGAUUUGCUAUUCCACGCUGUGGCGCGGGAAAUAAUGGCGAGAAUUGACGCCGGGUUGCUGAGGGUGGACGAAGCAUGGGAUGGCGUCAAACCCGGGUUCAUUCCCGUGAGCGGACCCAACGGGGAAUUGAGGUCUUUGGCCGCGAACGGAUUUCCUAUGCCUCUCGUCUACGGUGAGCCAGUUAAGAAGGUGGAAUACACCCUGCCUAGGCAAGACGUACUCUUGGAGUGCACCCUGUGUAUGCCGGGAGUGCGCUGUGCCGUCUACACCGGCAUCGUGGGAGAAAGACAAGUCUCGUUUUCUUUCCGUGCGUGUGAUAAGCGGCGGCAACCGUGCUUUGCAAUGGCUAUACGAUUAAUGCGGUUGCUACACUACCUAGUCUUGUGUUCGUCGAUGGUGCUUGUGGCGAUAUCUGGAGAUUUGAUGCUGGACGCUAUUGCGUCCUACGGCUGGUCUCCUCAGAAACAGCUCUGGUCUCGAGCAGUGAUCGACAAUGUGACGCACGCCAUUGUGGCCGGGUUUACGUGGGCCAUCUUUGUGUACCCGAAGCUUGCCCUUUGUUGCGACGAGGUGUUCUAUGCUGCCUUCGUGGGCAGUUUCAUCGACAUGGACCACUUCAUUGCUGCUUGCUCGCUUAGACUUCAAGACGCCAUUGCGUUGCACCACCGCCCGCUUUUCCACUGCACCUCAUUUGUGAUGACGUCCUGCGCCGCCUUGUACGUUUGGGGCCAGCUGCAGCACCAACUCUGGAUCCGGCGCCUGGCCCUCGUUAUCGCCGUGUCUGCGCUGUCGCAUCACAUCCGUGACGGCUAUAGACGUGGUAUUUGGCUUUCCCCGUUGCCCAGCAUUCCACCGUACCCCUACUGGCUCUACUUGGCCGCCACUGUGGCCCUGCCGUUUAUUGCGCGUCGAAUGGCGCCGGCGGAGCUUUUCGACGACACUGCUGUUGUGAGUCUGAACCAAGCCAUGCAGCCCAAACGGCUCAAGUUGAUUCCCGUUUGAUGAUGGACCAUUCGUGUUUUUGUGCGAUGAUGAGGCGGUGUUUUUGUAGUCAUGGGGUUUUUUUUUCAGUGACGCGCCUUUUUUCUAAUCGAGACCGUGUUUUUUUUAAUACUUGGCAUUUGUAGUAUCUUUUUUGAACAACGAAGCAUAUCUUUUGAACCUGCUCUGAUCUUUCAGACGGAAUUUAUAUGUGGAAGCUCAAGUUCCCAUGGGAGUCCAAUCGUCCCCGAUGGAUUAGUGGGGUAUGCUUUCAAUCAGGGCUUCUGAAAUUGUAGGAGUCUUUUUAGUUCAUUUUGUAAAUAGAUUUUACAUUAUCAUUCUUCGACAUUCUGGGUAGAUGAUCUUUUUCUAGUUUUUCCGAUGAUCAGUAAUUAUUUAAAAUAACCCCAUUCAAAACAAAAACGAACGGAAAGAGCUUUCAAGCGUGAAGAAGAUGAUUGACCAAGGUUUUGUGUCGACAAUUUUUGUACGAGUACAGUUCUUAAUUGUACCAGUCACCAAUUGUUCAGGUUUCCCUGGAAAGAUUUUUGACAAGAACGUUUGACUUUUAUGUCGGGGGGAAGACGUUGCUAUCCUGUACAGCAUCGGAUGUCUUUUGUAACUCUCAAUUUAAAUGCAUAGCUCUGCCAAGUGCAAUUACCUUCGAAGAAAUGCGAUCGUUUAUUAUUAUGACAGAGUUCUUUUGAUGGUGUCGAGAAUAUGUUUAGUGCUUAGUUGAGAAAUUUAAAGUUCCGGUGCACUGAUCCACGUUCAUUUGUAUGUAAUCAUUGUGAUUCGAAUUAAUGGAACCAAUGUUUUUGGAGUUUCUUCUCAGCGACGCGGGUUAUGGGUUUCUGUAGCUGAUUUUGAAUGAAAAAAAAAAAAACAGAUGUGAUCGAUGUGAAAUUGGAUUUUUGGUAAAGAUCUGCGUUACUGAAUGUCUUGUCUACUUAUCAAAGUGCCUCAAAAGCUCAUUGAAUAAAAAGUAGACAAUCUUGCACCUGUUGUUCUGAACAGAAUGGCGACAUUAUUCAAGGCUUACCGUCCAAAGGCGUGAUUCAUAUUUUUUAUUAUUGAGGGAUUGUGUUGUGCUACAUGCACGCUCGUCACGAUUCUACGCCUUUUUGGAGUUCAUUAAGUAAAAGUCGUUGCUUUAGAUUUUGUUUUGCUGUGACACUCGUCAAAAGCAUGAGGUGAUCUCAAAUAGGGAGGAGAAUGUUCUGCGAUUUUUGUACGGCGUUUGAUCCCUUCGCACUCGCGAGUUUCUCUGUGAUACGUGGAGCUUUGCGGGGAUCAAGAUUUUUUUUCCUUUUGCUGUUAUUUUCAAGUGAUGGUUUUUUUUCUGGCUGAUUGCAAAUUUCUAACUUUUCAGUGUUGACUUGGCGGAAUACAAAUGGCGAUCUCGUCGAAGCUGACUUUUA